AUGCCUACGACUGCGCACCCUACUUCGAAGGGCUUCGCGAUGUCCUUGAAGAUGUUAAUGCCAUCUUUGGACCAUGAUCUGGUGGUUGUAGAAUGGGUAUAUCAUCCCCCUCUUACUUGCCGCUCGGCAUUCCCGAGUCCGUCAAACCGCACAUCCACCAAGGGUCUUCGUUCUCCGCUUAAGUUAGCACGCGACGAAGAUGGAUUACGACAACCCCGCAACGGAACGCCACCUCUAGUCAAGACAUUCGUCAUCUUCCGAGAAUUUUUAUGGGCGCGUGGUGCCGACGGAACCGAGAUAGGCCGGAAAGCCCGGCAGUCGCAAUGGAGAGAGGCAAGUUGGCAACGUGGGAUCGACGCAUUCGCGAUGCGACGCGGACGACAGGGUUGCGGGCGGUUCUUGGGACCGACCUACCGACGCCCUUGGAUUGAGUGGCCGUCACCCAAAAACGCGGCGUUUCAAGUGCAGGCGUUCCAUGAUGGCGGCAAGUGA